CCUCCGCGCAUGGAGAGGGAAGAGCGGUACCUGGAGCUCUACCUGGACCGGUGCACCGCCCAGGAUGACCUCGCCCCACCUGGGUUGCCCCUGCUCAGCCCAGUUGCACCCUACGAUGUCUACAUAUAUAAUUCAUCCCACCCGGAGGCUGUGUUUAAUUCACAUCUUGAAGAAGUCAAAGAAACAUCUGGUGGUUUCUCAUCUGUGGAUCUUAGCUUCCUCCCAGAUGAACUUACCCAAGAAAAUAAAGACCAGACUGUCCUGAGAAGCAAGGGUGAGGAUGAAGAAAAUUGUAAAACUCAAAGUCCGCAAAGUAAACUGCCGUUAUCCAGCCAACAGGACGUCGGUCUGGGCUCAGACAGCAGCAGUUCAUCAAAUUCGCAUUCACAUCUGCACCCUGAUGAUGCUGACUCUGUUCAGCACUCUCCUGAGAAACCAGACACCUUGCCUCUGGCGUCCAUCGCCCCCAUGACGCCAAUGGCCCCUGUUUCAGAAGGUUCUGAGAUUGUGCCUCAACUACAGAAUAUAGUUUCCACUGCAAACCUUGCCUGUAAAUUGGAUCUGAAGAAAAUAGCUUUGCAGGCAAAAAAUGCAGAAUAUAACCCAAAGAGGUUUGCUGCUGUCAUAAUGAGGAUCCGAGAGCCCAGGACAACAGCCCUCAUAUUUAGCUCUGGGAAAAUGGUCUGCACAGGAGCCAAAAGCGAAGAGCAGUCUCGACUUGCGGCGAGAAAGUAUGCCCGUGUGGUGCAGAAGCUCGGGUUCCCCGCCAGAUUCCUCGAUUUUAAAAUUCAGAACAUGGUUGGAAGCUGUGAUGUGAGAUUUCCCAUCAGGCUGGAAGGUUUGGUGCUCACCCAUCAGCAGUUCAGUAGUUAUGAACCUGAACUGUUUCCUGGCCUUAUUUAUAGAAUGGUAAAGCCACGAAUUGUGCUGCUUAUCUUCGUAUCUGGAAAAGUUGUGUUGACAGGUGCCAAAGACCGUUCUGAGAUCUAUGAAGCAUUUGAAAACAUCUAUCCCAUUCUAAAGGGUUUUAAAAAAGCCUGA